AUGGCCGGUGACAGCAAGCCUGAAGUGUUCGAAAGUGCUAAUGUGGCCGCGGCCACGGCCAAGCCCAGCUUUGGGGCUCGCGUGGCUAGGCACUUCAAGCGAUGGUGGUGGGUGUACAUCAUCGCCUUGAUCGUGAUUGUUCUUGUAGUGGUGCUUCCUGUAGUCUAUGUCGCAUACCCCAAGGAAGCUCAACACAUCGUCAAUGACUCCAACCUGACUGUCACAUCAAUGAUCAUCAGUGACCCCUCACCUUCAUCCUUCGACCUCCACCAACUACAGGUUAUUGGAUCCAACAGCUCUUUCCACCCGACCUUCUACUCCUUCUCGGCAGCCAUCAGCCUGCUGGGUUCCGCCGUCUUCACUCACGUUCAGGUUCCCCAGUUCAACGGCCACAAUGGCGUUGUCAUCGAUGUCAACCAGCGUGCGAACCUGACCAACGCAACGGCAUUCGCCGAGUUCUGCAAGGCCGCCAUCAUGAACGAACAGUUCCCUCUCAACGUCUACGGCAAGCCCCAGCUAAAAGAGGGAAGUCUACCCAAGACCACUGUGACCUACAACAAGACCGCAAUGGUGACAGGCCUAAAUAAGCUCUCCGGCUUUGACCUCGUGGACAUGUCAAUUGGAACCAACAACACAGACGGCACCAACGCCAAAGGAACCGUCUACAUCCCCAACCCCUCCGACAUCAGCAUCGCCGUGGGCAACCUAACCCUCAACCUGGAGGUCAACAACACCGGCAUCGGCCAGGCCUUCAUCUACGACCUCACCAUCAACCCAGGCAACAACACCGUCCCCAUGACCGCCAACGUCAGCACCCUCACCGUCGCCAGCAUGCUAGGCAACUACCCGGACUACAUGAUCCCCAUCGACAUUACCGGCAACUCAAGCAUCUACGACAACCAGCCGCUCCUCUACAUCGAAGAAGCGCUGGCGUCGCUCAAACUGCAGGUUCAAUUGAACGUGACGCAGGCAUUGGGCGGUUAA